UAAAAGCGGCGAGCUCGCGCCCUUAGAGCACCGAUCCUUUCGGAUUACACCCAGCUUCAGUUCCGCUAUCUGCUCCUUGUGGAAUUACUGCCAGCAUCGCCAUGACUCUUGAGGAGGUCCUCGUCCAGAAGCCCAGCGAGAGAGCUCAGAGCACUGGGAAAGCGCUGGAAGAAGUUUUGGUUUCUGCCAAAGCGAACGACUCCCUCACCAUCGGUGUUUACGAGUCUGCCAAAGUUAUGAAUGUUGACCCAGACAGCGUGUCUUUCUGCGUCCUGGCGAUGGAUGAGGAGUUUGAGUGCGACAUCGCUCUCCAAAUCCACUUCACUCUCAUCCAAGCCUUCUGUUUCGACAACGACAUCAGCAUCGUUAGAGUGAAUGACAUGCAACGUCUCUCUGAGAUCGUUGGUGACAAUGCUGAACAAUUUGAGGAUGCGCACUGCGUGCUUAUCACGAACCCAGCUGAGGACUCGUGGGAGGAUCCAGCUCUGGAGAAGCUUCACCUGUUCUGUGAAGAAAGCCGCAGCUAUAACGAGUGGGUUCCUGAGAUCACUCUGCCCGAGCGUUGAUCUGGAGCUUUUACUCUUCUCUGCUGAGAUGCCGUAAACCUUGAGGAAUACUCGACUCAUCCUUCGAAGCAAGGAUGCUGAUGUUUCCACAUCCCUGGAUGCUCCUGAGGAGGCUGAACCGUCCAGGCAGCGCGAGGCAGGCCCGAGUGGCCCUCGCGGUUCUACGUCGUUCCUCGUCCCGUCCAUACCAAGAUGAUCCUCAUUCUUUAUGUGAACGAGGUCAGGUAUGCCACGAGAGCGACACAAUGGCCCUCAUUCUUUGUGCGGAUGAGGUUUGGAGAGGAAGGAGAAGCGAGUUUUGCCUCUGUUCCACAGAGCAAAUAUCGCAUGCGUUGGACACGCAGAGGACGCGGCGGAGCGUCGAAGCAACGUUUUUAAAAGUGGACUUUUAACAUCUGGGACCUUUUUAAAAAUGUAAUUGCCGCACGAUAUAACGUACCUUAUUGUCGGCAAUGUGCUUUCCACUUUCCAGAAUUGUCUUAUUCUCUAAAGGUUUCACUUUAGAAAUAUUCAUGUGACAUAAAAGGAGAAAAAAAAAGAAAAAAAAAACUAACUUAAACAUCUCUAAAGGUUUCACUUUAGAAAUAUUCAUG